GAGCCCCGCGCGCAGCCGGCGCGGGCUCGGCCAUCGGCGCGCCGCCGCCCGAGGUGGCUGGGGCUGCAGGAGGAGAGGCGGCGGGCUGCAAGCGCGCUAUCACGGCCACGGCCACGGCCACGGCUACGGCGCCGCGGGCGGCUCGGUCCCGAUCGGGGGCAACGCUUAGGCGGGCGCAGCACCGGAUCCCAGGGAGGAUUUGGGCUCCGCGGGCGCGCCCUCCGCUCCCUCUCCCGGCGGCGCCCCACUCCAAGCGGGGUCGGGCGAGAGGGCAGGAGGACCCAGGACGCCGUCCCCACGCCCGGGAGUCGCGGGACUUCGGACUUGCGCAACUGUUGCCACUUUGGGGUCUGGCGUUUCGCCGCUGUCGCGUCCACCCUGGCAGCCUGCGGCUCAGGCUCGCGUCCCUCUUGGCUCCUAGAGUCUACCGGCCGCCGCCGCCCCAAGGCGGCCCGGCGCGCACCCAGCACCAUGAGGACACUUGGGACUUGCCUGGUGACUUUGGCUGGACUUUUGCUAACUGCGGCCGGGGAGACGUUUUCAGGUGGCUGUCUCUUUGACGAGCCAUACAGCGCGUGUGGAUACAGUCAGGCCAACGACGAUGACUUCAACUGGGAGCAGGUGAACACCUUGAGCAAACCCACUUCCGAUCCCUGGAUGCCAUCAGGCUCCUUCAUGCUGGUGAAUGCUUCUGGGAAACCGGAGGGCCAGAGAGCUCACCUGCUCUUACCUCAGCUCAAGGAGAAUGACACCCACUGCAUUGAUUUUCACUACUUUGUAUCCAGCAAGAGUAACUCUGUGCCUGGGUUGCUCAGUGUCUACGUGAAGGUGAAUAAUGGGCCUUUGGGGAACCCCAUCUGGAAUAUGUCUGGAGACCCAACCCGCACGUGGCACAGGGCAGAGCUGGCCAUCAGCACCUUCUGGCCCAACUUUUACCAGGUGAUUUUUGAAGUGGUAACUUCUGGACAUCAAGGCUACCUUGCUAUUGAUGAAGUUAAGGUGUUAGGACAUCCGUGCACUAGAACUCCCCACUUCCUGCGGAUCCAGAACGUGGAGGUGAAUGCUGGCCAGUUCGCCACCUUCCAGUGCAACGCCAUAGGCCGCACCGUGGCUGGGGACCGGCUCUGGCUGCAGGGCAUUGAUGUCCGAGAUGCUCCGCUGAAGGAAAUAAAGGUGACCAGUUCGAGAAGAUUCAUAGCCUCAUUUAACGUUGUGAACACGACUAAGCGAGACGCUGGGAAGUACCGCUGCAUGAUUCGCACGGAAGGAGGUGUCGGGAUAUCAAACUAUGCAGAAUUGGUAGUUAAAGAACCACCUGUCCCCAUCGCCCCACCUCAGCUUGCCUCUGUUGGAGCAACCUAUCUGUGGAUACAGCUCAAUGCCAACUCCAUCAAUGGGGACGGGCCCAUUGUGGCCCGUGAGGUCGAAUACUGCACAGCCAGUGGCAGCUGGAAUGAUCGGCAGCCGGUGGAUUCCACGAGUUACAAAAUUGGGCACCUUGACCCAGACACAGAGUAUGAGAUCAGCGUGCUUCUCACCAGACCAGGGGAGGGAGGCACUGGAUCUCCUGGGCCAGCUCUGAGAACAAGAACCAAGUGUGCCGAUCCCAUGCGUGGCCCGAGAAAACUGGAGGUUGUAGAGGUCAAGUCUCGACAAAUCACCAUCCGCUGGGAGCCGUUUGGGUACAAUGUGACUCGCUGCCAUAGUUACAAUCUCACGGUGCACUACUGUUACCAGGUUGGGGGGCAGGAGCAGGUGCGAGAAGAAGUAAGCUGGGACACGGAUAAUUCGCACCCUCAGCAUACAAUCACCAACCUGUCGCCCUACACGAACGUCAGCGUGAAGCUCAUCCUCAUGAACCCCGAGGGGCGCAAGGAAAGUCAAGAACUCACGGUGCAGACAGACGAAGACCUCCCAGGUGCUGUCCCAACGGAAUCCAUCCAAGGAAGUGCCUUUGAGGAGAAGAUAUUUCUUCAGUGGAGAGAGCCUACACAAACAUAUGGUGUCAUCACGUUAUAUGAGAUCACCUACAAAGCAGUCAGUUCCUUUGACCCAGAAAUAGACUUAUCCAACCAAAGUGGAAGAGUUUCAAAACUGGGAAAUGAAACCCAUUUUCUGUUCUUUGGCCUGUAUCCUGGAACCACAUACUCCUUCACUAUCAGAGCCAGCACAGCGAAGGGGUUCGGACCUCCGGCAACAAACCAGUUCACCACCAAAAUAUCAGCACCAUCCAUGCCAGCGUACGAAUUUGAGACACCUUUGAAUCAGACUGACCAUACAGUGACAGUGAUGUUGAAACCUGCCCAAAGCAGAGGGGCGCCCGUCAGCGUCUAUCAGAUAGUGGUGGAGGAAGAACGUCCUCGGAGGACGAAGAAGACUACAGAGAUCCUGAAGUGCUACCCCGUGCCGAUUCACUUCCAGAACGCGUCGCUCCUCAACUCGCAGUACUACUUCGCCGCCGAGUUCCCCGCCGACAGCCUCCAAGCCGCCCAGCCCUUCACCAUCGGGGACAACAAGACCUACAACGGCUACUGGAACACCCCGCUCCUCCCCCACAAAAGCUACAGAAUUUAUUACCAGGCUGCCAGCAGAGCCAACGGGGAAACCAAAAUUGACUGUGUCCGAGUGGCCACAAAAGCUGCGAUAAUCGUGACUCAGCUUACAACACCUUACAUUCGCAUCGCCCCUGCUGCAGGCGACGGCCAACUAACAGGGGCCGUUACUCCAAAGCCAGUCCCUGAACCUGAGAAACAGACAGACCACACAGUUAAAAUUGCUGGAGUGAUUGCGGGCAUCUUGCUGUUCGUUAUCAUAUUUCUUGGAGUUGUGCUGGUCAUGAAGAAGAGGAAACUGGCCAAGAAGAGGAAGGAGACGAUGAGCAGCACCCGGCAGGAGAUGACAGUGAUGGUGAAUUCUAUGGACAAGAGCUAUGCCGAGCAAGGCACGAACUGCGAUGAGGCCUUCUCAUUCAUGGACACGCACAACCUUAACGGGAGAUCCGUGUCUUCACCAUCAUCCUUUACAAUGAAAACAAAUACGCUGAGCACCUCGGUGCCGAAUUCCUAUUACCCAGACCCAUUUGUGCCAACUGCAAUUUUAGAUGAGACCCACACAAUGGCCAGCGACACCAGCAGCCUCGCGCAGCCCCACACUUACAAGAAGCGCGAGGCCGCCGACGUGCCUUACCAGACUGGACAGCUUCACCCGGCGAUCCGUGUGGCCGACCUCCUCCAGCACAUCACUCAGAUGAAGUGUGCGGAGGGCUACGGCUUCAAGGAGGAAUAUGAGAGCUUCUUUGAAGGACAGUCUGCACCAUGGGACUCUGCUAAGAAAGACGAGAACAGAAUGAAGAACAGAUACGGAAACAUCAUUGCGUAUGAUCAUUCUCGGGUCCGGCUACAGAUGCUGGAAGGGGACAACAAUUCCGACUAUAUCAAUGGCAACUACAUUGACGGCUAUCAUCGACCCAAUCAUUAUAUCGCAACCCAAGGACCCAUGCAGGAGACCAUCUAUGACUUCUGGAGGAUGGUGUGGCAUGAGAACACGGCCAGCAUCAUCAUGGUGACCAACCUCGUGGAAGUGGGAAGGGUGAAAUGCUGCAAGUACUGGCCAGAUGACACUGAGAUCUAUAAAGACAUUAAAGUCACCCUAAUAGAUACGGAGCUGCUGGCAGAAUAUGUGAUCAGAACGUUUGCUGUGGAAAAGAGAGGCAUUCAUGAAAUCCGAGAGAUCAGACAGUUUCACUUCACUGGCUGGCCAGACCAUGGCGUCCCCUACCAUGCCACUGGCCUGCUGGGAUUUGUCCGCCAGGUCAAAUCCAAGAGCCCACCCAACGCAGGUCCAUUGGUGGUGCACUGCAGUGCUGGCGCCGGAAGGACAGGCUGCUUCAUCGUCAUCGAUAUCAUGUUAGACAUGGCGGAGAGGGAGGGAGUGGUCGACAUCUACAACUGCGUCAGAGAGCUUCGGUCCAGGAGAGUUAACAUGGUGCAGACAGAGGAGCAGUAUGUAUUUAUCCACGAUGCGAUCCUGGAAGCCUGUCUGUGUGGAGACACCUCCAUCCCUGCUUCCCAAGUCAGGUCUCUGUAUUAUGACAUGAACAAACUGGACCCACAGACAAACUCAAGCCAAAUUAAAGAGGAAUUCCGGACGCUCAACAUGGUGACCCCCACCUUGCGCGUGGAGGACUGCAGCAUCGCGCUCCUGCCCCGGAACCAUGAGAAGAACCGCUGCAUGGACAUUCUGCCCCCGGACCGCUGCCUGCCCUUCCUCAUCACCAUCGAUGGGGAGAGCAGCAACUAUAUCAACGCAGCCCUGAUGGAUAGCUAUAAACAGCCAUCAGCGUUUAUAGUCACCCAGCAUCCUUUACCAAACACCGUCAAAGACUUCUGGCGACUGGUCUUGGAUUACCACUGCACAUCCGUGGUUAUGCUCAAUGACGUGGAUCCUGCCCAGCUGUGUCCACAGUACUGGCCAGAAAAUGGAGUGCACAGACAUGGCCCCAUCCAGGUGGAAUUUGUGUCUGCAGACUUAGAAGAAGACAUCAUCAGCAGGAUUUUCAGGAUUUACAAUGCCUCCAGACCCCAGGAUGGACAUCGGAUGGUCCAGCAGUUCCAGUUCCUGGGCUGGCCGAUGUACAGGGACACACCUGUGUCCAAGCGUUCCUUCCUGAAGCUCAUCCGCCAGGUGGACAAGUGGCAGGAGGAGUACAACGGCGGAGAAGGCCGCACAGUGGUGCAUUGCUUGAAUGGCGGAGGCCGCAGUGGUACGUUCUGUGCCAUCAGCAUCGUCUGUGAGAUGCUCCGACACCAGAGGACAGUGGACGUCUUCCAUGCUGUCAAGACACUGAGGAACAACAAGCCAAACAUGGUGGACCUCCUGGAUCAGUACAAGUUCUGCUAUGAGGUGGCGCUGGAGUACUUGAAUUCUGGCUGACAGCAUCAACAGCUCUGCAGAGGAAUCCCUCCCUACCACAAAGUCAAGACGUUCUUUGGCGUCCACGACGAUAAGAUGAAGAACUGUCAGUAUGCUUAUUUUGCUUUGCAUAAUUGGCUCUUUUUAAGAGCCCAAGAAGGUGUUUCUAAAACUGCUUGCACUGCCCAGUUCCCUGUAAUGCUGCUGCGUGACCGAAACACAGCAGACAGUCACCAGAGCCUGGACUCCUUGCCGCCGGCCCCGUUAGAGCAGCGUAGACAUUUGGCCAAUCAAAGAGCACAAUUAUAUUCUUAUGAAGGAAUUUGUACCUUUGGGGUAUUUUUUUGUGUCUGUGACCCUUUGUCAUUGUUACAACUGAGUGUAUGUUUCAUUCUGUGGAGAAUGCUACCUGGCAUUAUGAUAAUAUAUUCUUUUAGUUAAUAUUUGUAUUUUAACAUGUUGCAUAACAUAAGAUUAUAUAGCUUUCAAAGACUAACAGAUAAAGGUGUAAUGAACAAAGACACAAUGUAUGAGUUGUUGUCUCUGGCGGAUUUAUAUGGGUUCUAAGAGAAAAGCUGGGGAGGCCUCCGUUCGGAAAUGUAACCUGGGCAGUCACAGAUCCAAAGCUUUUCCAUUUGUUUAUACUGUAAAUAUUUUUGAUUUCAUCAAAUUAUUUAUUCAUUAAAAGAAUUUUUUGUGACGCA